AGUGCGAGGCGGAGCAACACCGAGAAAAGUGUUUCGGUGUCACACUCGAGGAAAUGAAAGUGACAGAACUUCACCGCUGAAGAAGAACAACGUCUGUUUGUGUCUGAAAAAAGAUCGUUUCAUCAACUCCUUUACCUGUCUGACGUCACGAAGUCGCAUCCGCACAGAAAUGUCUGCCGCCAGCUGCAUGCUAUCUGAAGAGCAGUUUCUGUGCUCCAUCUGUCUGGAUGUGUUCACUGAUCCAGUCUCCAUACCAUGUGGACACAACUUCUGCAAGAGCUGCAUCACUCAUCACUGGGAUGUUAAUGAUCAGUGUGAGUGUCCCAUGUGUAAAGAUGUGUUUGAAAAACGUCCUCAGCUUCGAGUCAACACGUUCAUAUCAGAGAUGGCUGCUCAGUUCAGACAGUCGACUGUAAAGAGAAGCAGCAGAAUGUCUCUGAAGGAAAACACCAACUCUGGAGAAGUUCUGUGUGACGUCUGCACUGAAACCAAAAUGAAGGCUCUCAAGUCCUGCCUGGUGUGUCUGACCUCCUACUGUGAGACUCACCUGGAGAUUCAUCAGAACAUGACAGGUCCGAUGAAACACGAGCUGGUCGAUCCUAUGGAGAACCUGCAGGACAGAAUGUGUGAAAGUCACGGCAGACCUCUGGAGAUGUUCUGCAAGACGGAUCAGAUGUGUGUGUGUCGAAGAUGCACUGAAUCAAAUCACAAGCUUCACUGUAUUGUUCCCUUGAUGGAGCAAUAUGAAAAGAAGAAGGCUGAGCUGAGUGAGACGGAGGCUGAAAUUCAGAAAAUGAUGGAGGAGAGGCAUCUGAAGAUUCAGGAGAUGAAGGAUUCAGUGGAGCUCAGCAGGGCAGAUACUGACCGGGAGAAAUCAGACAGCGUGCAGGUCUUCACAGCUCUGAUCCGGUCUGUCGAGGAAGGCCUGGCUCAACUUCUUGACUUACUUGAGGAGAAGCAGAAAACAACAGAGGAGAAGGCUGAAGGCUUCAUCAAAGAGCUGGAAGAUGAAAUCUCUGAGCUGAUGGAGAGAAACACUGAAGUGGAGCAGCUCUUAAGCACUGAAGACCACCUCCAGUUCCUCCAAAACCUCCCAUCCCUGAACCCUGAUCACCCACCCACUAAAGACUGGACGGAGGUCAGAGUUCACUCAUCGUAUGAGGGGAUGGUGAGGAGCACUGUGGCUCAGCUGGAGGAGAUACUCAGUGAAGAGGUAAAGAAGCAGCUUGAGUCUGAGCUGAUGAGGAUCCAGCAGUAUGCAGUGGACAUCACUCUGGAUCCUGAUACUGCACAUCCAUUUCUCAUUCUGUCUGAUGACGGGAAACAAGUAUAUUAUGGUAAAAGAAAGAAUCGCCCAGACAACCCAGAGAGGUUUUCUGAGACGGUUUGUGUUAUGGGUAAGGAGAAUAUUUCUGUAGGAAAGAUUUAUUUUGAGGUUGAGGUUAAAAAUAAAAAUAAAUGGGAAUUAGGAGUGGCCCGAGGGUCGAUUAACAGGAAGGAACCAAUCUCACCAAGACUAGAGACAGGCCCUUGGAUUCUGAGGUUGAUGAAUGGAGGCGAGUACAAAGCUGUCGGUGUUCUCCUCUCUCUGAAGUCGAAGCCUCAGAAGGUGGGCGUGUUUGUGGAUUACGAGGAGGGUGUGGUCUCUUUCUAUGAUGUAGAUGCAGCAGCUCUCAUCUACUCCUUCACCGGCUGUAACUUCACUGAGAAACUCUUCCCUAUCUUUGGUCCCUGUUUAGAUGACCGUGCCCCUCUGAUCAUCACUCCUGUGAGCCAAACACAGUAAAUAAAUCAUGAAAUGAUCUCAAUGUGAGAUAAGCUUUGUGUUGGUGGGGAGGCGGAGAGCACCAUUAACACACCUACCCAUAGAUUUUUCAUUGAUUUGAGAUCUCGGACAAACAUCCAUCUCUGUGCAGGGGAUCAACAAGUGGAGAGCUCAAACUGGAUCCAGACUGGAGCCAUUCUAAACUCAAACUGGAACAGUUCAUAAAGAGGACUCAGUCUUGUGGUCAUAUUUGAUCUUGCUCUUCCUGUUUUACUUUGUUUUAUUGUACUAUAGUUUGUUUCCUGUACUCUUCUGUCUAUUGUUGCUGUGCUUGUUUGGGUCUGUUCAUCUGUUGUUGACUUGGAUGUGUUUUACAGACCCAUCUAGGGACGGGCGAUGCAAAUUAGCUUCGGCUGUAAAAGCUGUGGUGUGUGGCAUCACUUUACUUGCUCCAUACUUGUCCUUAUACAAAUAGGUAGGCUGGGUGUUCUCCUCUAGAACAAACUGAGACACUGGACUGUUACGUGUAUUUGGGUUUCUCAGUUCAGUCACUGUAUGUUAACAAGUUUGAUAGCUCGGAGGAAGACGAUCUAGUGAAUCAUAUGAUGAAAAUGAUGAUGAAACGUUGUAACGAAGAGGUACUUCCUUCCUAGUCGUGCACCGGUUUAAAGGCCGUGGUGUGGGCACUUUAUGGAGUCACAUCAUCAAUUUGCACACUAAGGUAUCUUGGUUUUGUCUGAAGUUUUUAUUGAGUAUUUGGAUGUUUUGUUUGUAGUGUAUGUCCUCCAGGUUCUGCCUGCAGCUGCUACUCUGCAUUAGAUUGCACAACAGAGAGAUGUUAAACGCAGAAGAUGAUUUGAAUGCCGUUCCGUUAAGCAGUCGGGUGUUUUCUGUGCAGUAUGUGUUUUCUUUAAAGUGCAGUGUGCAAGCUGGAGUGUAAAUGUGCCUUCACAAAGUGACCACAGCUUUAAACCAGUGCACGACCAGUAACAAAAUAUGUACUUUAUGUAAUGUUCUGUUGGUGCUGUGUUUCCUUUAUUCUCAUCUUGAGCUCGUUUUAAUUUCAUGUAAAAUAUCCUAACGAUGCUCAAUCAAAUUAAAGAGGACAUAUUAUCCCUCUUCUCCAUCUUUUCAAACAGUCCCCCUGUGGUCUAAAUGAAACAUCUGUG